AGCAGCUCUCCAGUGACUGUCACACACUUCAGUUUGCCCAGAGGUGUCCUGACGUGUGAGGAAAGACGAGCAGGAGGAAUGGGGGAAGAACAAACCCAGGGAUCUGAAGCCUCAGCCAUGACUGAUGAACUCAACAUAAAGCCACUGACUGAAGGGAAAAGAGACUCAGACAAAGAAUCUAUGUUAAAUGUGAUCAAAAAUUCUGAUGGGCAGUUUAACCUUGAGGCUGCAAUUAAAAAUGUUGACACAAUGUCCAACGAGUUGAAGAAAAUAAAUGUGGAAAGCCAGCUACUGCUUUGUGACCUGAUUUUGAAUUUCAACCAUCCAAUGAAGGCCAAAGAUUUAAGAGAAGCUGAAGAAAAGACUUGGAGUUUAACUGAUUAAGUAACAUCCAUUUUCAUGUCUUGUCUUCUGUUAAUACUGUGAAGUUGCUUCUUUCUUCUUUCUUCUUCCUUCUUUCUUCUUUCUUUUCUUCUUUCUUCUCUCUUCUAAUUAAGUUUGAACUGUACAAUGAUAGCAUGGUUUCUUGAAGGUAGACUAUUUUUGUUUUAAGCUAAACCUGUGGAAUGGAAAAAAAACUAGGUUAUUGGUUCUGAGAGUGGUUUUUUCAACCCACAUUUCCCAAAUUAAGCCCACUAGGGCUGGAAAGACUGAUGUAAUGAAUUAAAAAGGUCAGGAAACUGGGCAUGAAGUUUCUCAUGUGGUUUUCUCCUUUUAAACAAAAAUGUGUUGGAACAGUAGCAAAUACUUGAAAUUUACUUCAAGUCACUGUCUGCUGUCUCAUUUGUGCCUGGGGAAGCGGGAUAAGAAACUGCCUUUGAAGGAGG